CUUAGACAAUAUUUGCGCAUCAUAACAACUUACGAUCCAAUCAUAUAUACAAUACAAUCCCAUCCUGUUUUACAAAAUUUCAGAAACUGUCUUAGGAUGUGUUCAUCUUUUGUACCAAAUUAACGGUGGAAGGGGCAGAUUGCGGAUUUGAUAGUUAUAUAUAGAUGAUGAUGAUUAUGGAAGUGUUUAAUAUUAAUUUGGAAACUUGAAUUGAUUUUUUAGUUUGGCAGUUUUGUGUUUUACGUAUAUACCUAGUGUUCGAAAACGUUUAGGAGAAUGAAAACAAUUUUGUGUUUGGUCUCAUUUCUAUGUACAAUUCAACAUUUAGUAGCAGAUGAUGUCCGUCUCCUUGAUUUGGAACCCCCAGAUGCAAAGCAAGUAAUCGAAAAGCAAGACCAAUCACUCCAUUAUGCUCCGAAAGUCGACUCCAACGUACCUGCAGUUAGAUAUCUUGGUAACGAACCGCACGAUGUCCAAGAAGACAUUUAUUUAGCAAGGCAAUAUCACGGGCAAGAUGGCGUAGGAGGAUACCUUUACGGAUAUAAUAUUCCUGAUAUUGCUAAAACCGAGAAGAAAGUGGCAGGUGGUGAUUUGAGAGGAGCUUACAAUUACAUUGCCCAAGAUGGACAAGAAAUUAAAGUUGAAUACUGGGACGAUGGUACUGGUUUCCAUCAAAUAGACAAUGUUCCAAAAAUCCUUCCAAAACAAAUAGAAGAUUCACCAGAAGUUAAAGCAGAGAAAGAUAAAUUUUUAGCUAGAUGGCACGAAGAAGCUGAAAGAAACCAACAUCCUGUUACCGAACCUUACGACAGCAACGGAAACUACGCAUCUGGUCCUCUAUCCCUACAAGGUCAAUUGGAGGCCAAAAAACAAUUCGCUGCUCAAUACCCACAAACCUCAUACCAACAACCUGGUUCAUAUCAGCAAUCAAGUUACUCUCAAUCUUCUGGACAAUAUCAACAACCUGGACAAUAUCAGUCAAGUGGACAAGGCCAAUAUCAAUCAUCUUCCCAAUCGUCACAAUCUAAAUAUCAAAAUCAAUAUCCACAGUCUCAACAGUCUGGACAAAGCCAAUUUCAACAAUCCGGACAGAAUCAAUAUCAACAACCCGGACAACACCAACAAUCAGGAGGACAAUAUCAACAACCUGGACAAUAUCAACAAUCUGGACAAGGUCAAUAUCAACAACCUGGACAAUAUCAACAAUCUGGACAAGGCCAAUAUCAAAAACCCGGACCUAGCAAUCAAAUUGACUACAGCGGUCAAUACAGUGAAAACCAAAACGUCUAUUCCAAUCCCAGUCAAAAUAAAAAACCUGGUCAAUACGAGCCAUACAAUUCAGCUAGUCAGUACAGCCAAACCACCCAGUAUCAACAAGGUGGCAAGUUCUCCAACCCAAAUGAAGUUGAUAAUUCUGGACAAUACAACGAAAAGUCUGAAGAAGAGAACGGUCCUCCAAAAGGAUUUUUCUAUAGCUACGAUUAUCCGGUAGGAAAAAUCGUUAGCGUGGGUGGAAUUGCUAGAGUGGGUGAACUCAAAAAUGCGUAUGACCAAAAUAAAUCUAAAUAUGAAUCACAACUACACGCUGGAGGGUCUGGUACCGGAGGAACUCAAAGCAGUUACUCGUAUUCGCAUUAAACGUAUUAUUUUAACUAUUAAAUUAUUAAAUAAAUCUGUAAAUCUCAUUUUAGUUUGAUUGUAAAUUUUCGACAAUUGGUUCUUUGUCAGAAAAUAUUUUGUUUUCUUGCCAGGACAAUUAGUGUGCUCAGUUUAUUUCUGUAAAUAAAUAUCUUUUUCUAUAAAA